AAAAAGGGGAAAAGGGAAAACAGCAGAGUCCUGUGAAACCGGAAGGAUCAACAGAUCUCUUGCAGCAGUCUCUGUGCGGACGAGAAUCCACUUCAUCAAGACACACGAAAACUUCUCAUCAUUUGGCACUGCUGUUUUUGAGAUUAUAAGGAAGCAGCUUUAGGCUAGGCAUUUGGACAGAGGGAUAGCCAGGUUAGUCUGCCUCUUGGGACAAAAAAUGAAGACGGACCCCUGCCCUCCCCACCCAGAGAGGCAGAAGUGGGGAGAGCGAAGCUCAGCUUGUGGGCCCCCUCCCUCAGGAGCCCAGGGACAUUCGCUCCCUCCCCGUGCAAUUAUAGCCACGCCCCUGCAAUAGGAAGACUUUCCUAACGGUAAAAGCUGUUCAACCUUGGAACUGUCUGCCUCAUGCACUCUGGCAAGCUCUGCUUUACUGGAGGAGAGGAGAGCUGGGCCUGUGGUGGCCAGCAUGGAUUGCCCCCUUUGCUAAGCAGGGUCCACCCUGGUUUGCCUUUGAAUGGGAGAAGAUGUAUGUGAGCACUGUAAGAGAUUCCCCUUAGGGAAUGGGGCUGCUCUGGGAAGAGCAUUUGCUUGCUUGCAGUGCAUACAAGGUUCCAAGUUCCUUCCCAGGCAUCUCCAAGAUAGGGCCGAGAGAGAUUCCUGCCUACAACCUUGGAGAAGCUGCUGCCAGUCAGUGUAGACAAUACUGAGCUAGAUGGACCAAUGGUGUGACUCAGUAGAAGGUAGCAGCUUCCUAUGUUCCUGUGAGGUUUUCAUAUGGAGGCUGGACAGCCAUCUCUCAGAGAUGGUGUAGUAGUUUCCUGCACUGAGCAGAGGGUUGGAUUAGAAGACUUCCAUGGUCCCUAGGUCCUGAUUUCAAAUCCCUUCUAGAAGGGCUGCAAAGCUCACCAAUGGAACACCGGCUUUAUGCUUCUUGCAGUAUGCCUCUGGAUACCAGUUUCAAGGAAGCUAGAGCAGGAGAAGGGGACUGCCUUCAUCUCCUGCUUGUGGGCUUACUAGAAGAUCUGGCAGGCCACUGUGGGAAACAGGAUGCUGGGCUAGAUUGACCUUGGGCCUGAUCCAGCCGGGCUUUUCUUAUGCUUUGCAUGCAGAAGAUCCCAGGUUCAGUACCUGGUAUCUCCAGGUAGGGCUAAGAAGGACUCUUUCCUGAAAUCCUGGAGGGUUGCUGCCCAUCAGAGUAGACUAUCCUGAGCUAAAUGGACCAAGGGUUUGACUCAGUACAAAGCUAGCAAUGUCAUGCUUUCAUCCGGAGCGCAUUGGCAGAGUGCAUGCUUUGCAUGGAGAAGGCCCCCGGUCCAAUCCCUGGUAUCUCCAGGUAGAAGAUACCCAUCUGAAACCUUGUAGAGUCACUGCCAGUGAAAGCAGACAAUUCUGAGCUUGACAGACCGAGGGUCUAACUCAGUAAAAGAAAGCUUCAUCUGUUCACAUCAAGCAUAUCCAUAGUUCGGUAGUACAGCAUCUCCUUUGCAUGCAGAAGGUCCCGGAUUCAAUCUCUGCCAUCUCCAGGGCAAAGACUUUCUCUGUAAACAGUAUGGUAAGCUUCCACAAAAUGACUGACAGUCUGGAAAUGCUGGCAAGUUGAAGUAUCAUUAUGGGAUGGCGCCAUUGUGGAAUGUAAGGCUGUGAGGUGGACCUAUUGAGACAGCUCAUUCUCCAGACAUAUACAAGUGAACUGAGUGGUAGGCCAUAGGCCUGAGCUGAAGUGAACCAAUGUUAGUGUGAUGGCCACAGAGCUCAGGGUUACACCUGAACUCAUUUUAGUGUGAUGGCCACAGAGUUACAGGCUAUACCUGAACCUGGGCUUUCUCCCGGGAUCAAACUGGAGGAGCAGGAUCCAGCAUUCCCUGAAGGAGGGGAAGAAUUGGAGACAAGCAGAAAAUCUCCGCAUGUUGUCCAAGCUGGGAGCAUCCAGGAAUUUAUCCAGCGGAUGACACCACCUCAGGUGAAGCAGGAACCAGAGGAGGUUUUGCCACAGCGCUGGGAAGCCCAAUGGCAGGAGUUCCUGAGAGCGGUGGAGUGUCCCCGUUCAGAGUGGGGCAACCCACGGCUGCCAGAGCCCACAUUGUGGGGAGAUACAAAGAUAUUUCCAGUCCCCAGCAAGGAAGAGGCCCAUGCUGGCCAGUCCAUUCAAGAAGAGGAGGAAGUGAAACGGUUGGAAGGCCUCCAUGGAGCAGAGGAGGAUGGAGAAGAAGACAGGAAGGUGAAAGAAGAAAACUUUGGCAAAGUUCCUGCCACUGCAGAGAGGCAAUGCCAACGUUUCAGGGAGUUCCGCUACCAGGAGGCUGAGGGGCCCCAAGAGGUUUGUUACCAACUCUGGAAGCUCUGUCAUCAGUGGCUGAAGCCGGAGAGACACACCAAGGAGCAGAUCUUGGAGCUGGUGAUCUUGGAGCAGUUCCUGACCAUCCUACCUCGGGGAAUGCAGAGCUGGGUUAGGGAACGGGGCCCAGAGACAUGCACCCAGGCGGUGGCCCUGGCUGAGGAUUUCCAGUUGAGGCAGCCAGAGAGACCAGAAAAGCAGGUGCUGGACCCAUCUGCAGAGUUAGCUCCAAAUUCCCACACGACAGAGCGGAGGCCAUCAGAGCCCAUGCUAGAAGUUUGUGGGGAUGUUGGCUUGCUAACAAAUGAUGUGCAGGUGGGAGAUGCUGAAAAGAUUUCACAUUUGGAAAAUCCUGAGUCCACAGAACGACCUGGGAUGCUCCUGGAAAGACAGAAGAAACUCUGCCAGUGCCAGGCGCUGAAACGACUCUCUGGAAAUCAGCAAGGAGCAGAGAUACCUCAAGAAAUGAACUCGGAGUCGAUGGUAGGUGGAUUUAUUUUUGGUGCAAAUCAGGACGAAACUGCAAUCUGGCGAAAAAUCCCUAGGGAAACCACCUUGGAAAUCUACGCUGAGAGCAGAGAGAACUUUGGGCCUGGGUCAGAUUUGAUUAAGCACAAGAGAAUGGAAAUGGGAGAGAAACUGCAUAUAUGCUCUGAGUGUGGGAAAAGCUUCAGCCGGAGAUCAGACCUUAUUAGGCAUCAGAGGAUCCACACAGGUGAGAAGCCGCACAAAUGCUUUGACUGUGGGAAAAGCUUCUGCCAGAGGUCUCAACUCCUUGGGCACCAGAGAACCCAUACAGGGGAGAAACCCUACAUCUGCCUGGCAUGUGGGAAGAGCUUCGCCCACCACUCGACGUUCAUCGCGCACAAGAGGACUCAUACGGGGGAGAAGCCAUACAAAUGCUCAGUUUGUGAAAAAAGCUUCAGCAACAGGUCAGUCCUCAUUAAGCAUGAACGGGUCCACACUGGAGAGAAGCCGUAUCAGUGCUCCGAUUGUGGGAAGCGCUUCAGUAACAGGACCGGCGUUCUCAAACACGAGAGAACCCACCGGAAAGAGAAACCACAUGAAGGCCCAGACUAUGGGACGAGCUUCGAUAUCCUCUCCUGUGUUGUCGAAGAAGAGACUCUCUGACUGCUUUCUUUCCUGCUAUCAGCCAGAGGAGAAACCGAGUCACCUCUUGUACUAAAGGGAAUGGUUUGUUUUAAAAACAUAAAUUCAAGGAGUGAAGUAUAUUGCAGACUUUUUAAAGCCUCUGCAGUAGUUAUGGGACCUCACGCACAGUCCAGUCCUUUUCAUCACCUUCUGUAGAUUCUUGUGCUCCCUCCUAGCGGAUUUCAGCACUUGGGCCACACUCUAACCAUGGCCCUCCUGCUAUUUUUACAGCGCCAUCUGCUGGCCAGCACUUGCAAAUCUGUCCCUUUGCAUUACUUUAUUAUUACUUUAAGUUGUAAUAAAGGGUAUUUAUUUAUUUGCACAUCAGUCUCGCUGAAUGGUGAAACAUGGUUAUGUUUAUCCUCACAACAACCUUGUGAGGUAUGUUAGGCUAAGAGGUAAGUGACUGGCCCAGUCACCCAAUGAGUUUCAUGGCUGAAUGGGGAUUUGAACUUGGGUCCCGCCAGUCCUACUCCAGCCACUACACCACACUGGCUUUCAUGUGUGUGGAUUCGUACGCCUUGGCCAGCAGCUGGUGCUGUGAAAAUAGCAGAAGAACUGUGGUCAGAGUGUGGCCAGAGCGUGGCUAUGAGGAGGCACAAGAAUCUACAGAAGACAAUGCAAGCAUGUGGACUGUGUGCGACAACCGACUGUGGAAGCUUAAAAAAACACCACAAUAAAUUCAUGCCUGGAAAAGUCCUAAGUCACCUUUUGUGAGGGACAAAGCAAAACACAAGAUGGCAGUGUUUCCCAAAUUUUGGAUGCCAGGGACAUCAAAAGGGUGUGUUUUGUUUUUUUGUUUGUUUUUGUUUUUUCUGGAUAUUAAAAUUGGAGACAAAAAUACAUAUAUAUUUUCUAGGACUGUCACCCAAUUAAAGAAAUCUGAGUCAUGUAA